AUGACUUCCCCUCAGGCAACCAAGAUCUUGAGCUCCAUCGUGGCAAACUUUCCUCCACCACAGGAGACCACGACUUCAGUGACUUCAGCAUCACUGAGUUGGGGAAGUUGGGGCCAUCCUGAGAUGUGCCAUCGUCCCUGUGUGUACAUUCUGAAGGGCAGCCAGUGCCAGCAGGGCGCUCUGUGCCAGUUCUGCCAUCACGGCCAGCAUUCCCCCAUUCCGAAGUUGGAUCAGAACCAAAGGGCCCGAGUACAGCGUUUGACAGACGGAGAGCUGCUUGGCUUGCUGAUCCCACAUAUCAGGGAGCAGGCCAAGGCAGCCGGAGUGUUGGAGCAGGCAGAGGAUUUCAUUCGCACCUUGGAGGGGAAGAUGCCGUGCACCGAGAAUUCCGAGAUCAACAACAUGCCCCGCAAAGAGCUGUGCAAAUUGAAGAAGACCCUGCGCCACAUGAAUUUGACUGCCUUGGUCAAGCUCUUGCCGGCACAAUACGUAACAGACAGCUACCAGAAACUACGCAGCUUUGUUGCGGAGCCUCUGAAGUUCGAGUUGUGA